GGGGGGAGAGGGGGCUGGUGUAUCUAGCAGUUCUUCUUGCCAGUUGUCCGGAAGGUCUUGUGCUAGUGACGCUUUCAGCAAAGACGGUGUGGAGGGAGUGGGGCGGGCUGGCGGGGGAGUGGAGGAAGGAGUGGAGUCGUGCAGAGGGAAAGAGACGGAGAAGGUUGGUCUACACCCUGAAUGUAGCUCCCCGCCUUCAGCCGUCGGGAAAAACGGGGAGUCAUCAUCGAACGAACGUAGCAAGACGACGUCUGGUAGUGGUCAGAAGAGGCGCUGGGAGGUGAGGGAUGAUGAUAGCAGCGAGGAGGAGGAGGAGGAGGGGGAGGGGCAGGAUAUGGGGGAGAAGGGAGAACAGACACGGCUCAAGAGACUGAGGGAGGGGGUGCACCCAAUGUGGGCGUGUCACCCUCACAACAGCUCCUGUGCCACGCCCACCCCCAGUGCCACGCCCACCCCCGGUGCCACGCCCACAAGCGACGCCCUCCACUCCAAGGACAUGGCAAUGGAGACUAGCGACAAGUCACAGUGCUGUGAUGACAGUGCUCGUGUUCUGACCGACGGUCAAAGUGGUCUUGUGGUCAGUUCACAGGACCGGGCGGUGCGAAGCGACCUUGGUGAGGGGCGAGACGAGGACUCAGGAAGUGAUGACCAGGUCGGCUGUGAGGUGAAUCCUGUUCGUGAUGACUUGGCAAAAACUGUAGACGAGUCGCGACUGGAGCCUUCCUGCGGUGACCGUGAGGCAAGCCAGCAGUUGGAGAAGCCUAUCUCUGGUGACACUCCGCGGGACGACGCCGGGAAGCUAAACUGUGAGGGGUCAAGGCCAUCAGGAAGUGAGGACACUGAGGGCGUGGCUGCGAGGGGCGGCGAGCAGGAAGUGUCGGAGCUGUGCUUGUCGUGUCGCGUCUUUCUCAUCGUGUGGAGGGACCGGGCGCGCGUGAGGAAACUGUUGAAGAGCUCGCAAAGUCGGGGGGGUUUUCAUUUAGAACAAGCGGUGAGUUUCCAUUACUUGUCGGAGCAUGUGAGCGCGGGGAACGUACCAAGUGACCUUGAAAGUCUGAUCAGGUUGGAGGUGGUCCGGUCAGAGGAUGUCUCCCUCAGUGGCUGUGUGGUCCGCCCUGUGGAUGAACGACUGCUGGAGAAGGUCAAGUUCCCCAAGGUCAAGUUCGGCUGUCGUGUCAAGGUCAGCGAGGGGGAGGGCUCGUCGCCGUCGUUGCUGGUGGAGAUGUCCCCAGACGUGAGCGUGCCGGACGACCUUUCCUUUUUCAAACUGUUCUCCGAGUCAUUCCGCUCUGUGCUGGGGGCUAUGGUGAGGUCACAGCUGGUGCGCUGAAAUACUGGACACUGUCGACUUUGUGCUAGAUGGGGGCUAUGGUGAGGUCACAGCUGCUGCGCUGAAAUACUCGACGGUCGACUUUGUGCAAGACAGACGCCCGUUGUGCAGGAGAGCGGUGGUUGUCUUAGACAGGUGGUCGUUUGUACAAUUGGUUGUCUUGUACAGGUGAUUGUCUUAGACAGGUGGCU